CAAUGCAAUGGAUGGUGCUGCUGUUAGUUGUCCUCAGCGUAGUUGCAGCUAGAGAUAAGCGGGACAUUGAACACACACCUCUUCACAAGAGGAAUGCUCAGAAUGCUCUGUUAGAUGUCAGAGAUACACAUGUUUCUUUCUCUCAUUCGGAAUUUGCUUAUGAUGACUCUGUAAAAGUGUAUGCAAACACUUCAAAGAUCACGAAUGAGGAGGCAGUCGAGAUAACAUGGGAGAACCCUGCAGCUAGUCUGUUCGACAUGAUAGCUAUUUACACUCCACCUUCAAGAGGUGUCAAGGAUUAUUUAGACUUCAGAUACGUGUCAGACACCAAAGGAUGGCAGAAACACCAGGGAGUGUUUCACGAGAUCUUGUUCAACAUGCGAGCUGAUUAUGAGAUUCGUUACCUUGCUAUAGAUAAACACCAAAAAGCGACUGUAAAAGCAAGUUUUAAGAUCUCAGUCCCCGACAACGAACCAAUGCAUGGUCACAUAGCAGUCACAUCCAGACCUGGUGAAAUAAGGGUCAUGUGGGGCAGCGCUAAAUCUGAUAAACCCAGAGUCAAGUUCUCCCAGUCACCUGACUUACAGAACCCAAUGACAGCACUGGCAACCACCACCACCUACACUGCUGAUGAUCUGUGUGGGGCACGUGCUAAUGUUACAGAUCCUGUCAUGUAUCAAGAUCCUGGCUUCUUCCACACUGCUCUUCUAACCGACCUAAAGCCAGGCGUCACAUACUAUUACACAUACGGAACUAACAAAGCUACAAGCAAGACUGCCUCCUUCGUUGGAGCACCCUAUCCAGACGCCAAGGUAGCAGUGACAAAGUUUAUAGGAUACGGAGAUAUGGGAGUCUACUACCCGCCCUACAAUGGUGACAGCAUGGGGGCAGCGGGUGUCACACGCAACCUCGAACAGGAAGCUGCUAAAGGUCUGGACUUCAUCCUCCAUUUCGGUGAUCUCAGCUACGCGCGCGGGAGAGGCUACAUCUGGGAUCAGUUCAUGACACAGAUGACUAGUGUGUCGGAACAGGUUCCGUACAUGGUGGGGGUCGGGAAUCAUGAGUACGAUCACGUGAGCGGAGGAGAGAAGGAUCCUAGUGGGGCGCCUGAUAAUGGGUUCCGUCCUCAGUGGGGGAAUUAUGGGAAUGACGGAGGUGGCGAGUGUGGUGUACCCACCUCGCACAGAUACAUAGCGCCUGAUAACGGUAACGGAGUGUUCUGGUACAGUUUCAACUACGGACUAGUUCACGUGGUGAUGUUCAGUAGUGAGCACGACUUCAGACCUGACAGUAGACAGUACCUGUGGCUGGAAAAGGACCUGAAGUCAGUUGACAGAAAUAAGCACCCUUGGGUUGUAGUCACUUCUCAUCGACCUCUUUAUACUAGCCAGGACCAAAAUGGGGACCAUGUUGUUGGGCUUCACAUGAUAAUGGCACUUGAAGAGCUUUUUUACACUUACAAAGUCAACAUUCACCUCUCUGGUCAUUAUCACAGCUACGAGAGCACGUGCGCAGUGGUGAGUGGCGAUUGUGUUAAGCCCGGAACUGGAACUGUUUAUAUAGUUGUGGGCACUUCUGGUCAUUCUCUUGAACAGCAAGCUUACAGGCCGUAUUCUUGGUCAAAGUAUCAUAACUGUGAAAAGUUCGGAUACCAACGCAUGACAGCUAAUACAACUCACAUGCAUGUAGAAUUCGUUACGGCACCGAACCAAGAAGUGCUGGACAACAUAACAAUCCCAGUCUGGGACGAGAGUGCUACAAAACGGGAAUUCAAGAGACGAUGAUAACGGACUUAGGACAUCAGCAGUUUCGCCUUAAAUCACCUUCAUGUUUUGUUACGUUCUGCUAAUUUCGUUGGCUGAUAUUUAUUUUUAUAGAUUUUGUUUCUUGUAAAUAUUUACCCAUUUUGUUAUUCCUGGCCCUUCAGUCCGUACUUUUUCAGAAUUGAAAACUAAUUUUAUUUAACUACCGUGACCGUGUUAUGUUUAGGAUAAAGAAAAUUCUUCUUUAAGAUGUAAUCGUUAAAUUGAUACUGUUCGAAAAUUCUGUCAGCAAUACAGCGUAUAUGUGAGAUUUAUCGAUCAAUCUUUUUUAAAAUUCAAUACUGAUUGCUAGCAGAAUUUUCUUUUUAUGACAAAUCACAGAAAUGAUAAAACAAAAAUAACAAAUGUCAAGCUUUUUUGCGAACACUGAACAUGGCGUGUAUAAUGUAUUGAUAUGAAAAAUACUGUUUUAUAUGAUUCUAAUUAUUUGUAAGAAAUGUGGUUAUAACAA